GAGCAAUAUCUAUGACAAUUUUACUCAGAGGGUGGAUGAAAAAGAUGGGCCUGACCCAGGAAGUGAUGGCCGGAGCCGGUUUCACAGUUGCCGGCCGGGCCUGUUGACCCGACCAAUGUCCCCCCCUUGAACUCCUGUGAAAUUUCAGACCAAUUUCUUCGUUUCUCUCUCUCUCUCUCACAACAUCUGCUUGUGGAUACUGUUCAAUCUCAAUUUACCCGGCACACUUGUCGUCUAGGGUUCUUUCGUUUCCGAUCCAUCAAUUAAUCCGUUCAAUCUCAAUUUACCAGGCACACUUGUCGUCUAGGGUUCUUUUGUUUCCGAUCCAUCAAUUAAUUUCCAAUCCCAACUCUCUCUCUCUCUCUCCAACAAAAAAGAAAUCCACCAAUUUAUAAUCGUUCAAUUAAUCUCCGAGAUCUCUAUGCAAUACCCAAUUUUUGUUCCAAUUAGCCGCGUAUAAGAGAUUUGAUCUGCUAAUUGUUUGAUUUCAGUUUCACUUUGUUUAAUUCGGCUAUUUCGGAUCUAGUUGAUUGCGCGGAGGUAAACGAUGGCUAUGGUCGACGAGCCUCUCUAUCCAAUUGCGGUUCUGAUCGACGAGCUCAAGAACGAAGACAUUCAGCUGAGACUGAACUCGAUCCGGCGUCUCUCCACGAUUGCUAGGGCGCUUGGGGAGGAGAGGACCCGGAAGGAGUUGAUUCCGUUCUUGAGCGAAAACAAUGAUGAUGAUGAUGAGGUGCUUCUUGCAAUGGCGGAGGAGUUGGGCGUUUUCAUUCCGUAUGUGGGUGGGGUUCAGCAUGCCAAUGUGCUGCUCCCGCCGUUGGAGACUCUCUGCACCGUCGAAGAAACUUGUGUCAGGGACAAAGCGGUGGAGUCGUUGUGCAGGAUUGGGGCCCAGAUGAGGGAGCAGGACGUCAUCGAGUCGUUCAUUCCGCUGGUGAAGAGAUUGGCUGCUGGGGAAUGGUUUACAGCUCGAGUUUCAUCUUGUGGAUUGUUUCAUAUUGCUUACCCUAGUGCCCCAGAGGGAUUAAAGACAGAACUGCGAAUGGUGUAUGGCCAAUUAUGUCAAGAUGACAUGCCCAUGGUGAGAAGAGCUGCUGCCACAAACCUGGGAAAGUUUGCUGCUACUGUUGAAGCUGCCCAUAUGAAGACUGAUAUCAUGUCUAUGUUUGAUGAGCUGACACAGGAUGAUCAAGAUUCUGUUCGAUUAUUGGCUGUAGAGGGUUGUGCAGCUCUCGGGAAGCUGUUGGAAGCCCAAGAUUGUAUGACACAUAUUCUGCCUGUGAUAGUUAAUUUCUCUCAGGAUAAGUCUUGGCGUGUUCGCUACAUGGUUGGAAAUCAAUUAUAUGAGCUAUGUGAAGCUGUGGGUCCAGAAUCUACCAGAACAGACUUGGUUCCUGCAUAUGUUAGACUGCUUCGGGAUAAUGAAGCUGAAGUACGUAUAGCUGCUGCUGGAAAAGUAACCAAGUUUUCUCGAAUUUUGGAUCCACAGCUUGCAAUUCAGCAUAUACUUCCUUGUGUGAAGGAACUGUCCUCAGAUUCAUCACAGCAUGUACGUUCUGCUUUGGCUUCAGUUAUAAUGGGAAUGGCACCAGUUCUUGGAAAGGAUGCAACAAUUGAGCAGCUUUUACCAAUCUUCCUUUCUCUGCUGAAAGAUGAAUUCCCUGAUGUUCGGCUGAAUAUUAUCAGCAAGCUUGAUCAAGUGAAUCAGGUCAUUGGAAUCGAUCUGCUCUCCCAGUCCCUGCUGCCUGCAAUUGUUGAACUUGCAGAAGAUAGACACUGGAGAGUUCGGCUUGCAAUAAUAGAAUACAUUCCAUUAUUGGCAAGUCAAUUGGGUGUAGGGUUUUUUGAUGAUAAGCUUGGCUCUCUUUGCAUGCAAUGGCUAAAUGAUAAGGUUUAUUCCAUUCGUGAUGCAGCUGCUAACAACGUGAAGCGCCUUGCUGAAGAGUUUGGUCCAGAAUGGGCAAUGCAGCACAUAGUUCCACAGGUUCUGGACAUGAUUAACAACCCUCAUUAUCUCUAUCGGAUGACCAUACUGCAUGCAAUUUCUCUCCUUGCCCCUGUGAUGGGCUCCGAAAUUACAUGUUCCAAACUUCUGCCUAUCAUCAUUAACGCAUCAAAAGACAGGGUGCCUAACAUCAAGUUCAACGUGGCCAAGGUGCUGCAAUCUAUUGUUCCAGUAGUUGACCACUCUGUGGUAGAGAGUACAAUACGGCCCUGUUUGGUUGAGCUGAGUGAGGACCCAGACGUUGACGUGAGGUAUUUUGCCGGCCAAGCACUUAAAGCAACCGACCAGGUUAUGAUGACUAGCUAGAUUUACUCUACUCUUUAUAUAAUUAUUAGGAUGGAUUCAAUUUUUGUGAGCUUGUAUUCUUCCUUACAUAUGUCUUCUGUAAACCAAAUUUGAGUUCCUCUGGAUGUUUUUGCUGGUGUUUUCUGGGAAACAUGAUUUUUUAUGCGAAUUGACAUUUAUAUGUUAUCAAUUCGCGGAUCAAAGUUCGCUGAACACAUGCUGAUGCCGCAGAUCUGUUUCAUUUUCAA